AACUCGCCGGCAGAUCCCACCGCUCCAAUCACUACCACUCCUCAAUCCACCCGAACGCCCUCGAAACCUUUUCAUGCCGCUUCAUGGACCCUGAUGCCGUCAUCAUCCCACUUCGCGAGGUUGAGUUCAGCUGCAGCAACACGCCAUUCUGCGCUACUACCCGCCGGAGAACACAUCAUCUCAGUCGCCGCCGCCGCCGCCGUCGCCGCUUUAGUCGAUACGAUGCUGCAGCCUGUCGCUCGAGCCUUUGAGAUUCUUGAUUCAGUUCCAGAUAACGGAGAAGCUGUAGACGAGAUGCCGACGCCGAUGAUGUCGGUGCUAGCUACGCCAGCGGCUUCUGUGAGGCCACUUAGGGUUACGGACUCGCCGUUUCCGGUGAAGGAGGAUGAAGAUAUCGAUGAAGCAGUGGACUGGGAGGCUGAAGAGUUUAUCCGACAAUUCUACGAGCAACUUCAACUGUUACAGGGAUGA